AGGGAAGUGUGAACUGGCAGCCACAGGCUAAUCGUACCGUCCUUCUUGGGUUGGGCGCUGGGACAAGUGGCCAUCAUCCCAAUCGUCGCAUUGCUAUGCAUGAUACAUGAGACCACCGGUAUAGACCAAAAGUAAAGCGAAUUCCUCAGCCGUAGAUACAAGCCAAACUGACAACGAACCAGUUCAGAAAUCUUAUAUCAUAACAAAUCCUGCUUGUUAGUAUUCACACACACGAGCUCCACCGUUUGAUUCCAAGCAAGGUCAAUCCUCCACUCAAUUAAAUUUUUAUCAAACAGAAGCUGUUCUCAUAAAUUGGAUUCAUCAGCCCAUCGCUCAAUGUUGCUCCAAAUCCCCUCACUGCAUCAACAACAACGCCUUGCAAUUGAGGGUUCAAAGUUCAGUGCUCUAAUGAACUUCCCAAGAAAGCAAAGGACCAGCUCUUCCAGUUCCGACGACUCCCAGUCUCCUACCAACGUUCCCGCAGACCUCGGUUUCAACGCCAUGAACCAUUUUGUGAAUGCCUCAAGCAAUGACAGGAAGCGCCUGGCAGAUGAAGCAGGGAUGGACAACUCCCACCAUCACCACCAGUUCCAACAAGGAAACCCCAAGAGACCUUAUCGAGGUACAGCUGCAGUAGCAGCAACGGCCCACGCCGCAAUGGCACCGUCGCCAGCGGAAGAGAAACUAGGAUCACCCAGUCGAUCACCUAUUCGGCAGCAAGGCUACCCCCUGAGGGGCAGCCUGACUAACUCCACCACUGGCCUGAUGGGCGUGUCUGCUACCCAUGAUGCCCAGCAGAGAAUGGCCGCCUCUGCUGCAGCUGACUAUCAGAGCAGUUUGCUAGCCUCUAGUCUCGCAAAUAGACACGCUGAGCUGGCCCAAAGGCAGCUUCUUUCGCGUUACUUUAACUCCCCUCAAAUGCGCCUAAACUCUUUGGCUACUUCCCUGGCAGCGCCCCCUGCCUUUGGUUUGGCAAGCCUGGCUGGACAUCAACUCCCUGGUGCUGCUGCUACCAAUCCAAGCGCAGCGGUUGCUGCUGCUGCCGCCGCGGGACAAGGGGGGAACUCUCAAGCGUCUCUGGCUGCUCUGCUGUCUUUGCCUCAAGCCGACACACUACAGUCCAUGACAGCUCGCUUCCACCACCAGCAACAGCAGGCCAAUCCAGUAUUGGGACCGACCGGUGAUGCCUUCCAAGGCUGCUUACCAGUCUCGGGUUCCUCAAGAAACAGUAGUCAUCACAGCGCGGAACGUCUCCAAGGUGUGGCUAUCAAUGCGGGUCCCGGUUUGGGGAGUGCUGGAAUGUCCAGUUUCCGCUCCCAGCCGUCGAUGCUACCCAAUGUCCCCCAAGCCGUUGCUGCUGUGAACAACAGCGCUGUUGUUGGCGUUGACGAGUCUGGAGCCCCCAUUGCUCUCGGCAUUGACGAAGAUCCCAACUGGUUGUCCGACUUUCACGUCUUUGUCCGCAAGAAUCUUGUCGAACUCUGCUGGGCCAGUAGCGAAGAUGUGGCUCUACGCAACGCUAGCAACCGUGUGUCGUCUCACCAAGUUGGAAUUCGAUGCCGCUGCUGUGCACACCUGAACCCUAGCGCCCGUGCGCAGCGUUCCAGCGCCUUCCCCUCCUCCAUUGCGCAGAUCUAUCAGAGCUUCACCAUGAUGUUGCGAGCUCAUUUCAGCUCCUGCACCGAAGUGCCUCCGGCCCUCAAGGAAAAGUUCUUGGCCCUCAAGAGCAAAACAACCCAAGGUGCCACUGACUCGAAGCAGUACUGGAUCUACAGUGCCCGCAAGUUGGGUAUGGUCGAUUCCGAGGAUGGUAUCGUCAUGACCCCAGCCACAACCACGGCUGCUCGUGCCCUUCCUCCUUUUGGAACCAAUCCCGCCACUGGUCGCGGAGGAGAAGAGUCCAGUCCUCUUCCGUUGGUGGCUCCCAAUGACCGCUCCGUCGCCUCGGACUUCUUGUACACGCUCAUGCUUCAGGCUCGUCGCGUGCGUCUCCAGGCCAAUGAACAACGUGGCAACAAAAAGAGCUUGCAGUUGGGUUUGCCCGGCUUUGCUUGUCGCCAUUGCUGCUCGCUGGGACGCAUGGGGCAGUGCCGUAUCUUCCCAGCCCGUCGCCGCACCUUGCCCACCAAGAUUUAUGAUCUGUAUGAGCACUUGGUGCGUUGCACUGCCUGCCCUCAGGAGACCAAGGAGCUCCUGGAAGUCCUCCAUGGCCGUGAGAACUAUCAACCAAAGACUCCUGGCCACAAGGAGUUCUUGGACUUGAUCUGGUCCCGUCUCGUCGAACAGCAGCAACAAGCGCAGCAACAAUCUUAGCUCGCUUAGGCGUCCCAAUACAUAAUUCAUUGUUCAUCUCCCUGCAUGGAUAAAUGCUGUACCAAACAAAAUGUAUAUAAUUCAAAACAGAUUUCCC